AUGACUGGACUCACGAAGACACAAUUGGACGAUUUCGCAAGUGAGGGAAUGAUCUGUAUCCCAGAAUUCCUCUCUUCGAGCGAAGUUGAAAAUCUCCGCCUGGAAGCACGGAAAUUGCUUCUGCAAUUGGACAUUGAAUCUCAUCCCAAGACACUAUUCGAAACUGGAGACGGGGACCAUGUAGGCGAUAAAUAUUUUCUCGACUCUUCGGAUCAGAUUUCUUAUUUCUUUGAUACGGAUGCUUUUGGCACGGACGGUAAGCUCCGCUUUCUGCCGGAGAUAGCAGUGAACAAAAUCGGUCACGGGUUGCACAUGAAGAACCAAUUGUAUCAUCAGAUUACGUUUAGUGAUCGCGUUAAAGACAUUGUUAGAGACCUAGGGUAUAAGGAUCCGCGGGUCUUGCAAAGUAUGCUCAUUUUCAAGAAUCCCACUGAGUCCGAACUGGAGACUGCUAGGGACAACGAGGUUCCGUCACAUUCGGAUGGGACUUUUUUGUUCACCAAACCUCAAUCUGCAGUGGGAUUUUGGAUUGCUCUAGAAGAUUGCACUACGGAAAAUGGUUGUUUAUCGUAUAGUCCAGGUACUCACAAAACGGUGCCUAUUUCAAAGAGGUUUGUUAGAUUAGAGGGCGGUAAAAAGGGUUGCGGCUUUGAGGAUGUUCCUAUAAAUGUAGAUGUUCCAGUGGACGAUCCAGAGAGUUACAGGAAUGUUGAAUGUCCGGCAGGCUCGUUGAUUCUUAUCCACAAUGCGGUUCUUCAUAAAUCGGAGAAAAAUAGGCUGGAAAAGUCAAGAUGGGCUUAUGCAUUUCACGCUAUUGAUGGAACGGAUGGAUAUGAUGAGAAGAACUGGCUACAAGUUCCUUCCUCUGGCGGCACCAACUUCCUGAAGUUGUAUGAGGAGUAA